UGAAAACAAAAAUUUUCUGAAAAUUUUGAAAACCGAACCGCAAAGUGAAGUGAUUUUACGAAUUUGAACCACAAUUUACGAUAAUCUUAUGAAGUUGUUGGCGAUUUUCUUCACUUAAUUGCUCAAGAUGUCAUUUGGGUUCGGGAAUACUUCAUUCGGCACUCCCGCAACUUCAGCCCAACCGUUCAGUUUUGGAUCCAAUACAGCUUCCCAAGCCAAAGCUCCAGCCUUUGGUGGAAUUUCCUUAGGUACUCCUAACACCACCACAACCACUACAGGAUUCGGAGGAUUUGGUAAUCUAACAUCAACUGCUCCUAGCACCGGUUUCGGAGCCACCACCAAUACUGGAUUCGGAUCUUUAGGAACCGGCGGAUUUGGAGCUACUUCGACAGCACCUACUUUCAAUUUCAGUACUCCUGCCACUACUACGCAAUCUUUGUUUUCUGGAUUUGGACAGACUCAGUCGACUACAACAGGUUUUUCUGGAUUUAAUUCUAAACCAUUUGGUUCGACAACGCAGUCAUCGUUUGGCGGAUUUGGCACUGGAACGUCUUCUUUUGGGACAUCGUCAUUUGGACAAGGUUUCGGUCAACAAACCCAGCAACAGCAACAACAACAAGCUGUACCUGCCAAUCCGAAUGAUAUCUUAUGUGCGUCAGUUUACAAGUGUAAUAUAUUCGGUGAUGAACGAGACCAAAUUAUCGGUCAUUGGAAUUUACUGCAAGCAUUAUGGGGCACUGGAAAAGGUUAUUAUGCUCAGAAUGGUUCAGUGUGCGAAUACACCCCUCAGAAUAUAUUAUGUCAGCUGAAAACCGUAGGAUAUAGCGUUAAACCGAAAACAAAUUCUUCGGACGCUAUCGUUGCUAUUUCCAUUAAUAAAAAACCAGAAGAUAUUCGAAAUCAACAACUUCAGUUUGAAUCGAGUGUAAAUGCUGUUCUUGGAAAUAAACCCAAUGUUACCGUACAUGUUGAUCGUGUUACACCAGCUCCAGGAUCGAAAUCUUUAGUUCUUAUUUACGUUCAGGAAAAGAACCCGAAUGGAUCCACUAGACGCAUUCCAAACAGUGAGAUUUGUAAUUAUCUAUUACAACCUAUGCAAAAACAACAGCUUGUGAAUUUAGGCGUUGAUAACGUUUACACCUACGUAGCACCAGCUGACGAAUACCUAGAAAAUCCGCCAGCAGGUAUCGCUGAAGGGAUCUGGAAACAAGCCCAGCUCGAAAAUCCUGAUAAAAAUAAAUUUCUUCCAAUCCCUAUUAUUGGAUUUAGCGAUUUAUUAUGGCGAGCUAAAUGCCAAGAAGAGCAAGCUAAACUGCACGAAGCUUUGUUAGACGGUAUUUCUGAAGAUAUCGCUAACAUGCAAAGAGUUCAAGUUGCAACUAACGUAAAACUCAGCGAACUGAAACAGAAAACUUUGGAAUUAGAGCACCGAGUCUUGAAAUUGAUCGUAAAAGUAAGCAGAACCGGUGCCGAAGGUGCUCUACCGUUUGGACCCGAAGAAGAACGAAUGAAAUCGAGACUGGAAUCUUUAGAAGUAGCGUUCAAUAAACCAUCUGGAAUCAAAGAUCGUUUAUCGCAAAUUAUCACUUCUUUACGUAUGCACGAUGUGAGCAAUGAGAAACGUUACGAAUGCGACGUAGACGACAACAUGAUCAGUGAUCUUAAAGAAUUCUUAGCUUUGGAGCAAAAAGCAAUCCGUGAAUUGAAAGAUGUCUUGCAAGCUGACAUCGCCGAUAUGAAGCUGAUGGAAGAAGAAAUGAAAAAGUUUCAACUCGUCCAAGCGACGUGAUAUUACCAUUCGUUGAUACGAAUGUGAAAUCUGUGUGAUAGUUGAAUUUUUGACCAUAAAAACGAGCAAUGUCUCGCAAUUCGUGCGAUCGUGGUAUAAUGUGCGUUUUAAGAAAAAAUAACUUCAUUUUUUCGUACUUCGAGUGAUAAAAUACCCCAAGUCAACAUCUCCUCGUAACAAACCAACUUUUUUUUUACUUCGAUGAUAAAUUAAGAUAACCUCCUAAAAACUUGUAAAACACAACAAAUCGAGAGAUCUCCUUAUAAAUUUGUCAAGAUUUAUUUUACGUAUUUUUUAUUUUAAAAAAAUCUCAAAAACAUGUGAAAAAGUAAUCCAAAUAUACACUUAUAAAUACAUUAAAAUUCAGUUACAAUGAAUUCU